GUGUUCCGAGCUUGGACUGACGUUGAAGGAUGUCAACCAUCGGCCAUGGUGAAAGAUCGGCACAGCCGGAAGCCCAGAGCAAUGAUCGACAGCCGUCCAUGACGCUCUUGGAUCAUUGAUUACUAGUACACUUGAAACCUACACCACACACCCCGUGCUGCUAGCUAAGUUGCCCAACAUAUCUAUUGAUCCAUCCAUCACAAACCCAAGCCAGAAGAGACAAGAAAAAUGAAAUUGUUGGGACACAUCCUUGCCAUGGCCACUCUGAUUGCACGAAGAACCGUGGCAUUUGCACCUCUACGACGAGGUUUACGCACCGCUUCCUCUCUGCGUUCGAGUACAGAAGAAGAGUACGAUUUGGUAGUGAUUGGAGGUGGAUCCGGAGGAGUCCGAGCUUCCCGUAUUUCGGCUGGUUAUGGCAAGAAGGUGGCCAUUUUGGAACCACAGCUGAACCAUGGAGCUCCCAAUUAUUCUGCCAUUGGAGGAACGUGUGUCAAUGUCGGCUGCGUCCCUAAAAAACUCAUGGUCUUUGCCAGUCGGUAUCCAGGCAUGAUUGCCGAAUCCAGUGGAUAUGGUUGGGAAAAUGCCAGUCCUGGUCAAUUCAAAUGGAAGACCUUUAUGGAAUACAAGGAUGCCGAAAUCACUCGACUCAACAAUGUCUAUCAAAAGUUUGUACUGGGAAAUGCCGGUGUGGAAAUUAUCGAAGGAAAGGGUAGUUUGGAAGGGACCAAUACCGUGCAUGUCCAUGCUCCCGAUGGAUCUGUAACGCGCACACUGCACACCAAAAACACCAUUAUUGCCGUGGGAGGGUGGCCCAACAAACCCAGUAUCCCCGGUAUUGAACAUGCCAUUACAUCCAAUGAAAUCUUUUAUUUGAAAGAACAACCCAAACGCAUCGUUUGUGUGGGAGGUGGCUUUAUUGCCUUGGAAUUUGCGCAAAUCAUGGAUGGUCUAGGGAGUGAUGUGACCCUCAUGUACCGUGGGGAAUUGUUUUUGCGAGGGUUUGAUCAGGAUAUGCGAGAAUUGCUGCGAGAUGAAAUGACGGAAAACUCCAAUAUUGAUCUGCAGUUCAACACCAACCCGGCUGAAAUCAUCAAGAAUGCCGAUGGAUCCCUGACCGUCGUGACGGAAGAUGGCAAACGGGUUGAAACCGAUGCCAUCUUGAUGGCAACCGGUCGCAAUGGAAACAUUGAUGGCCUGAAUCUGGAAUCCGCUGGUGUCCAAACAGAUGGAUCGUUUAUUCCUGUCAAUGAGUAUUCUCGAACCAACGUAGACAACAUUUACGCCGUGGGCGAUGUCACGGACCGGAUUGCAUUGACACCGGUUGCUUUGAUGGAAGGACACCGACUCGCGGAUACCCUCUUUGGUGGCAUGGAUCGACCCGUGGAUCAUGAGUUUGUCGCCUCGACCGUCUUUACCACACCCGAGAUUGCCACCAUUGGAUACACGGAAGAACAAGCCGCUGAAAAAUUCAAGGAUAUCACCGUUUACAAGACCAAGUUCCGACCCAUGGCGCAUAGCUUUCCCAAAUCGGAAACGUACACCUUAUUCAAGAUUAUCGUGGAUACCAAGACUGAUAAGGUAGUGGGAGUUCACUUGGCCACCGAUUCAGCAGGUGAAGUCAUGCAAGGUGUGGCGGUAGCCGUCAAGAUGGGUGCCACCAAGGCCGACUUUGAUGUCACCAUUGGAAUUCACCCGACAUCGGCGGAAGAGUUGGUCACCAUGCGAUCUCCAUCGUACCAUUAUGUGGACGGGAAGAAAGUGGAGUAAGCAACCGGUAGGCUACAGCAAAGGUGAUGUCUAUAAUAACUAACUGGCUAAGCGUGUGCAAAGUGCGGAAAUGCCCAUGUAGCCAGUCAGCCAGCUAGCUAGACCAGAUGGAUUGUAGCCAACUAGACUAGACUGGCUGGAUGGAUGGAUUGUCGAACUGGCUAGUAGGCAGGGUAGUUGGAUAAGAUUGAUUCGAUUCUAUCAUUGGUUAUGCUGUUACAUGUAAAGACCCCCCGGGAUUCAAUUCCUUUUGUUCCCCCCUUAGGCCACACGAGCAAUAGCUCCCUUGGACUUGGGUUUGAAUCCCUUGACAAAUGUCUUUACAAAAUCGAAGGACUUGUUCCGUGAAACCUUCUUCUUCUUCUUUUGAGCUUGCUGUUGUUCGGCAGCCACUUGUUCCUUGCUCUUGGUCCGAAUGAGUUUGACUCCAUCCCGUUCGUAGAUUUGUCGAGCAAUCUUGGCAUCCUGUUUUCCCCGGCGCAAGCAUUCCACGCGGUUUCCCUUGCUGUGCGAUGCAGAGAACUUGCGGAGUGUUUCGUCGGCAUCUUCUCCGUCUUCUGACCAAUCUUGCAAGUCGUAGAAGCGAGCGAGGACUUCUUGGACAAACUCAAAGAUGCGUUCUUCAUUGGCAUCGAACCCUCCUUCGCUCAAAUGAUCUUCCAGACCCCGCAAGGAAAAAUCUCGUGGCAAUGGGAUAUCCUUCUUGACGCGGCGAACGGCAAAACUGAUUUCCUGUUGCAUCAUGUGAAACUCCUGAGCCGAGUAAAAGUAGUUGUCGGGAAGAGGAAGGGCGUUGCCCAGCACUUGAGGAGCCUGUUGGAAGCGGACUCGCUUGGCGGUUUGUUUGCUAGUGGUGGAGUGGUUGCUCAUGAUAAUUGAUUGAUUGAUUGAUUGAUUAUUGUUUGCUUGGAUUGUGGUUGUUGGCUUGUGAUUGUGAGAAGUUGAUUUUGUGAGCUUCUGUGGGAGCGGAAACCUGUCUUUCAGACUCGAUCAUUAAAUUUUAUUUGCCCUGUUCGUCGCGGUACCAGUGUAACAACAUACAGCUCGUACGGCCCUUGAUUGAACAUUGCAUACGAAAAUAAUGGUCAUUUUCACCAGUAUUCAGAGGCUAAAGCGUCGACCGGUCACAGAAGGGGCACUCACAAGUAGCAACCGGUUUUGUUUUGUUUCCAUUAUGAAUGCAGUUUGGCCUGUGCAGCUUCUGAGCAUAAGUCCAAAAAUGACAUUGGCACUUGAAAAACGUGAUCGAGUUUACUUCCAGGUUCCAGCGUCACCUUUCAUCCCGGCGGUGCAGCUCAAGGGUUUAAGCUCCGCUGUGAGGGAGACAUGAAGGAACCGAACCUGGCGUGUUACACAUUUAACAGAAGUGCUUGCAACCAUAUGUCUUUGGUUUCUAUGACCUGAAUCAUGCUCCCUUAAACAGCUAGUUCGCUAAAGUGGAAGAUUGUAAGAUUGUGGGUCUCAAGGAGCACCGGACUUUAUUCAAUAUUCCCGCAGGCAUCGCUCCCCCUUCAAGGACCCAGGCAUUUUCAAGGAUUCUGGCUUUAGGCUUUAAGAGCCGGUGAUUCAGAGGCUUACCUGGCACCCACAAAGAGUUAGCAACUGGCAACCGCGAAGAUUUCUGUUUCAGGUUCAGGAUUCAGUUCAGGGUGCAGGGCUUUAGGCUGUUAUGGGAUAUGGAGCUGCGAGAUGCGAGAUGCGAGAAGGUGGGUUCGGGGUUCGGGGCAUUCGGGGCACCAAAGAAGCAGAAGAGCUGGCAUCUUUAAGCAAAGAUGCCAGAUGCCCGGAAGCCUCUCCCGACUCUCCAGCAGCGCCGCAAAGCUAAAAAAAAAUGCUCGGGUUGACUAGCUAGAGUUGACAAAAGACGCAGCGCAGAACCCAUAGGUCCACAGCAAAAUGAGUGGAAGGAAGCGAUAGAGCCUGUACUCUUUAAAGGCGCAUCAGAAAACGGGCUCUGGUAUUGACUACAACGGAACGACGAAAAAAAAAAGGAGGAGGGGGGGUGGAGUCCCGGAUUCCAUUCGUGGGACAUCCCAAGACUUAGACAUCAUAAGUUCUUUAAUUACCGAAA